CCGACCGCCUCCCACACCCACCUCCGAGUUCGAUACGCAUAGAUCUAGACGCGCCGCGAUGACGCCCGCACUGAACGGAUCAACAUCGACCGCGAACGGACACGCCAAUGGCGCGAACGGCGUGCACCCGGCCAAGAAGGGCUCCUUAGACGGCUUCGGGACGCGCGCGAUCCACGCAGGCUCGGAGGCGAACGAGGAGACGGGCGCGGUCAUCCCGCCCAUCUCGCUCAGCACCACAUACAAGCAGAACGGCGUCGGGAUUCACAAGGGCUUCGAGUACUCGCGAUCCGGAAACCCGAACCGCAAUGCAUUCGAGACGACGCUCGCCGCCCUGGAAUCCGGCGGCGCGCACGCGCUCGCGUUCGCAUCCGGGUCCGCGACCACCGCGACGGUCCUGCAGUCGCUCGGGCCGAACGCGCACAUCGUCAGCGUGAACGACGUGUACGGCGGCACCUUCCGCUACAUGCGCCGCGUCGCGACCGAGAACCAGGGCCUGGAGACUACGUUCGUCGACCUCGAGGGCGCGGACGACGAGACCAUCCGCGCCGCGUUCCGGCCAAACACCAAACUCAUCUGGAUUGAGUCCCCCACGAACCCGACGCUGCGCCUGAUCGACAUCCCGCGCAUCGCCGCGCUCGCACGCGCCGCGCCCUCCGCCCCGCUCGUGCUCGUCGACAACACCUUCCUCUCGCCCUUCUACGCGUCCCCGCUCCUGCAGGGCGCGGACAUCGUGCUCCACUCGCUCACCAAGUACGUCAACGGGCACUCGGACGUCGUCAUGGGCGCGCUGAUCCUCCCCGCGCACCGCGCCGCGCUCGCGGACAAGCUGCGCUUCCUCCAGAACGCGAUCGGGGCGGUGCCCAGCGCGUACGACUGCUGGCUCGCGCAGCGCGGCGCGAAGACGCUGCACCUGCGCAUGAAGGCGCACGGGGCGAACGCGCUCGCGGUCGCGCGCGCGCUGCUGCGCUCGCCGCACGUCGAGGAGGUCAUCUACCCCGGGCUCGCGGGGCACCCGCGCAACGACCUCGCGUACCGCUCGCUCGCGCCGCAUGCGCGCGCGUUUGUGGACCGGUAUGUGCGGGAGUAUGGGGACGCCGCUGGGGGGUUCCCGUAUGGGGGCAUGAUCUCGUUCCGUAUCAAGGGCGGGGCGCGGGAGGCGGAGAAGUUCUUGACGGCGACGAGGCUGUUUACGCUCGCUGAGUCGCUCGGGGGCGUGGAGAGCUUGGCGGAGCUGCCGGCGCAGAUGACGCAUGGGAGCAUACCGGCGGAGGAGCGCGCUCUGCUGGGGAUUGGCGACAACUUGGUGCGCCUGUCCGUGGGCGUUGAAGAGGAGGAGGACCUGGUGGCAGAUGUUGAGCAGGCGUUGGAGGCGGCGGCGGCGCUGUCUGUGACUUCCGCGUGAACUGUAACUUCAGGACCAUUGUUGUGGGGCUACUAGAUGCGCUUGGCAAAGGUGUAUUGUAUGUGAUAACACUGUAGUGUAUAAUUUAUAGAGCACGAGCGGUCUUGGAAACUACACCUAUAAUGUGGUCGGACAUCAUCCAACCAUGUUCGUCUGUUGCGACUUCCAUGCACUUCUGCACCCAUGCCUCGAACUCUUCGCCUUGCAGCUCAGUCACCAGCUUAUCGAGGCCUCCAGCGAGGACGCCCUCCGCGCCGACCAUCUGCACGUUCUCCUCUCCAGUGAUGUGCUUUAGCAUAAGUGGCAUGUUCGCAGGGAUCUCGUGAUGCAUAGCGUGGCACGGCUCCCCGUUCUCGUCGUACCGGACAUAAUCGCCGUCCUCCGCGUGCUUUGCGUAAAACUCCCGCUUCGCCGCAAGCCGCCCCGGGUCACGCAUCGCCACGUCCCGAUAAUGCGCCAACCUGCUUACCCACGCGCAGAACAGCGUCCCCCCCUUCCCUGUUCGAGUCCUCCUGCGCGCGUGCGGGGCACACCAUGGCCCACGCGUCGCGCACAGCGCGCUCGCGCAGCUCCGCGGACAUGAUGUGGUACAGCGGCCCGAGGAGGAGCACGACGUCGAAGGUCCCGCACUCCGCCUCGGGGAGUACGGCGGAGAGCGCGGUCGCGUCGCCUUCGAGGAUGCGCGCGGGGCGUGCGGUGGGCUGGAGGGUCGCGGCAUGUGCGUGGGCGCGCGCGAGAAGCCCUGGGGAGAGGUCGAUGAGGGUCACAGAGUGGCCGCGUGCCGCGAGCGCGAAUGCGUACGGUC